AUGGCAGCAAACACAUCCAACCCAGUAUUGAACCUGGCUUCUUAUGCCCUUGAUGACAAAUACAAGGGUUGUGUGAAAGCCAUGAAGAACAAUCUCAAGUCUCUCCUUGAGAUGGAGCUGGCAGGAUCCUCAACAUAUAAAGCUACAUGGGAAGAAGCCCUGAAAGAAUGGUGGCCGAAGAAGGAUUCACAGUCUUUACCUCAGAAUAUAAAAGAGUUUGCUGAAGUGGCAAUCUUGACAUAUGCAUCCGAAGUCCCUAAAAUCUACCCAGAAUUCAAUACUGCCACCCGAACUGCAGGAAAAGGCCCCAAAGAAUAUGAGGCCUACCCUUUCAAAUCCCUUCAUUUCCUUUUAACAUGGGCAGCCAAAGCAUUCCAGUCGACAGCGCCCAAAUGUGUCCGUGUCUACAGGGGCACCACAGUGGAGUUUUCCGUCGAGAAAAUGUUCCGGUUUGGACAGUUCACCUCCACUUCAGAAAGUAAAAAGGAAGCCAAUCAUUUUGGGAAGACAACCUUCUUCAAGGUGCUCACUUGCAAGGGCUACUCAAUAAGCGAGAAGUCCAUCUUUGAACACGAAAAGGAAGUCCUAAUUCCUCCUUAUGAGCUGUUCCGGGUCACCUCAGUUGAAGACACUGCAAAGGGCAAGAUCAUAAACGCCAAGUCUGUGGGAAGCUGCAGCAACCACAACUGUGCUUUCAUGGGGAAAGACUUCCUUGGAGACUUUUGA